GCAGACCACGAAUCCAAUGCCCUUGUCCACACAGCAUUCCACUCAGCACUCCACUAUAAACUCAUUUUGUUACGUCGAGAAAUGAUGUUCACAUUCCAAAAUGGGGGUGCAUUCCAAUUUCGCCUCAAACGUCUCAACACUCAAUGGCUGAGGCGUAUCUCCCAGUUUUGCCUUAAGUUUAAACACGAAAGGGUCAUUUUCUAAUAAUUACAAUUAAAGAACGAACGUUUCAGAGAAAAAAAAAUAAUAGACAAGGUAUUGCAAAUGUAAACUGUGAUCUGCUUUUCAUUAACCGAUAGUUUAUCUUUGCACAAUAUUGGUUUUUGAACCAAAGACUCGUAAAUCUUCAUUACCGGAUAUAAUUUUAGAAGUAUAUGCACAUAGUUUUGUAGUUUUGGAGCUGCCUGACUCCAAGAAAUCCAAUAAGGAUGGCGGACACACAUGGAAGCGGGGCAAUGUACGUAAAUGCUCGCGCUACACAAUAAAAUAUUAACCUCAAUAUUUUCUGCUAAAGUCCAAACACCUUUGUUGAAACAGCGUCACAUUGUUGUGUCGAUAUGAACAGUCCGUUGCAUCAUCAGAGCAAUCGUAGGAUCAUUUAGGACCGGAGACAAAUGGGAACUGUCAAAAUUCUAUUAAAUUCGCGGUCGUUUGUCGGGCUUUUCUCAUCCUGUUCAGCAAUUCCAGAGUGGAUUUUAGCCAUGCAUGCCAUUUAUGUUCCACGAAGGCCUACUGUAUUAUGGGACGUCUGUACAUACAGUCGUCCAAUGCGAGGUUUCAUAAUGCAAAUGAAGCCUUAACGUAUUGUAGACGUACUGGUUCUUUCUUGUUGUGCUAUUCUCUUGGAGGAAACAGAAGCGAAAGAAUUAAAUUGGGAAAUCAAUUCCGGAAGUUUCAAUCUCGUUGGCGAGAACAGAAACAAUUAAACUGCCUAAUUCGGACAAACCCAUCAAGCGAGACAAGUGCUUGUUUGAUUCACUCAUAUCGGAUAUUCAUUUUUGUUUCCAAUUUGGCAGUUUUGCCGGAUGUGCAAUCUUUAUGUCAUGUCGAACUCGACCGACAAGGAUUUAGGGUCAUCUGUUAAUACGUCUGACGAGGAAACACACAUAGCCUACCUAUAUUAUUACGAAAGACAAAUCAUCGCAUCUUUGUGCAUCAUUUCCGCCGUGGCAGGGGCUGUCGGGAACUGUUUGGUCAUUCUGGCUAUGUUCAAGUCGAAGAAGCUUCGUACGGUGACCAACGUCUUUGUGACGAACCUGAGUGUAAGCGACUUGCUCUCAAGCAUAUUCCUGCCUUGGGAGGCAGUUGCCUUGUUAGGCGAAGGGGCCUGGCCGUCGCCAAGAACUGAGUGGAUAUGUGUGACCAGCACUGCAGUCCUUUGUCUCAGCUACGGUAGCAGUUUUAACAACCUGACCCUCAUAGCCCUGAAUCGGUGGAUCGGUAUAACUAAAUCGAAAGCCACUACACGUCGCAUCUACACCCGCCGGAACAUCGCCUUCAUGUUAGUCUUUUCCUGGGCCUUCCCCCUGAGCCUCGUCCUGAUACCCCUGGUGUCCGAUUUCGGUGAACUUGGAUACGAACCUCUGUACAGUGUCUGUGGCUUCGUGAGGUCAAACUCGUACUCGGUGGCUUACUGUUUCGUUUUCAGCAUGUGUUUUUCCCCGAUUCAGUUCCUGAUUCUCUUGUUGUGUUACACGUCGGUUUUCCGGUACGUGCGCAAGAAGUCCCGGACCAUGGCUCGGCUGGAGAUCCAUAGUGUUUCCGGCGCGGUCUGCACUCCGGAGCGGGUGUUUCGUAGGAGGCUCUGGAAGAGGCAGAUUGCCGUCACCAAGAAUCUCGUCUACAUUGUAUCGGCAUUCGUCAUCUGCCAACUCCCAUUCGUCAUUGCCAUCAGCCGACAGUCACUCGCGUGGGGCAUCCGUAUGACCAUGUACGGUGCCGCUAUACUCUUCUUCAACAGCUCCGUCAACCCUGUUAUAUACGCAGUUUCCCACCCUGACUUCAAGGAAACUUUCAACCACAUGUUUCGGCGCAAAUAGUCAUUCUCCAACAGACCAAGAUCGACUAGACUUGGUGCAUUCACCUCAUAUACUCCUUUCUAUUGUCACCACCAAGUUUGACUGUUACCAGUAUUUUUUAAGGCUAUAAGUUCACGAAUGUGCCACUAGCUAGCAUCCUCUUUAACCACGCUUCAACUUACUGUAGAUAUAAAUGCACCUUCUUCGUAGUUUUGAUAGAGAAGGGUCGCAAUUUUAACAUUUUAUCUCGCCUUGCACUAGUCAAUCCAUUCCUGACAACACAACAUUGUGUCUGCACAUGUCCUCCCGUCAUCCAAGAGAAACAUUUCUCAAUCGUCUCUUCUUCUGUUGCCUUCUUAUACCCCAGCUAGUGCACGUGGCAACAGUUCCAACACCAGACUUUUGGCGACUGUAUAUGUAUUUGAACUGCAAGAAGAAUUGUUUUGGGUCGCCUCACGUAA